UCACCACCUUUUCAACAUGCCUCUCCACUCUUGCUACCGCGUUCCUCGGGAAAACUUCGCAGUCAAGUCAUGAUAUCAGCGCCCCCCGCGGCUUCCACGUUGUUGGUGCGGAUCCAUGUCCUCAGCAGAUGGCUGAUCUUAAUACGAUCAGGACGAUAAGACGACCCAAUGGAUGGAGGCAUGUGUUUAGUGACACGGCAGCUAGCAACGUGCAGCAUCGCGGUGGCACAAAGGGCCGUUGCGUGUGUUGCGCGGAAGAGCUGACCGACCCCUCAGUUCACGUUGCACGUUCUCCCCCACUGGCGCCGGUGAGGAGCACAGCAGGCAUUGGCCAUGAUGCAUCACGAUCUCGGAUGAAGCCAGCAACAAAGACACAGCGAGGACGGCGGGCUCCCCACGAAGGACGCUUCGUGGCUGAAAUUGACUUUCGGCCGCGCAGCACGAUGUGA